AUGUCGAACAAAGUUAAAAGCAAGGCUAUGGUGCCACCAAUAAAUUGCAUAUUCAACUACUUACAACAGCAAACACCAGUAACAAUAUGGUUAUUCGAGCAAAUCGGCAUAAGAAUCAGAGGUAAAAUAGUGGGAUUUGAUGAGUUCAUGAAUGUUGUCAUCGAUGAAGCCGUGGAAAUUCCCGUCAAUAGUGCCGAUGGCAAAGAAGAUGUGGAGAAGGGUACACCCUUGGGGAAAAUCCUGUUGAAAGGUGAUAAUAUCACAUUAAUAACAUCAGCGGAUUGA